GGAGACAAGUAACGAAAUACGCAUGACCUAGAUGUAAACAAGCCGCAGCGACAAGCGAGAAGUGCUGGCUGUUGGCUGUUGUUGCUGUUGCCUGUUGACCCGCAAUACUGUCACAAUGUCGGCGCUCCGGACAGUUGUUGUCAUUUCGCAUCAUCUGUGUCCUGUUCGGCAUGCAAUCAUCAGAUCACAGACUCUUCAUAGAUCUAGUUUGUCUACCUUUGUGAAAUGGUUGCCCGCUGGUUCCUCGUCACAAUACAGACUCUCUUCUAGCAGUGCUAACAGCCGACCGACAAACUUGAAUCUUUUCGAAGAUGCUUGUCCUCAGGGCAUACAGGGAGAUGACUGUGAUAACUUCAAACUGUGGUUAGAGAGUUGUAGAAGGUAUGGUCUUGCAAACUGCGAGGAACAGCUGCAGGGCAUUCAGACGGGCCGUAAGACCCUGGCGGAAGUUCUGGCAGAACAGGACAAGCUCAUCGCGGAGAUUGCCCAAAAGUACCGAGCUGCCCAGAAAAAUGACCAAACGGGGAACGCUCAAGGCAUCCAGCCAGAAUUUUCUGCUUUCCCAAAAGUGGAUGAGCCUUGCCCCCAAGGUAUUCAAGGUGAUGACUGUGUUCGAUUCAAGCUCUGGUUGGAAAACUGCUACAGAUUCGGAUUGCAAGACUGUAUGGACCAAUACCAGGGUGUCAAGGCAGGGAGGAAGACACUGCAACAGAUUUUCGAUGAACAAGACAAAACCAUCCGCGCUGCGGCCUCCACUGUCUUCCAGCAACAUCGCAAGUACUCGACCGCAUCCUCCUCGUCUUCUUCACCAAAAGGUCCAGCUGAUGAGGAUCCAGGCAAGGACUCGACCCCGGAUCUCUCGCAACUCACGCAGAGACAGAAGCUACAGAGGGCUGUCAAAGAGUACGGCAGUACUGUCAUUGUCUUCCACGUCGGUAUUUCUCUCAUGUCUUUGGGAUUUUUCUACGCUCUCGUGUCCAGUGGCGUCGACGUGGUGAGAAUUCUCCAGGCUGUGGGUAUCGGAGAAGCCAUCAUCCAGAACAAACUGGCUACAGGCACGGGAACGUUUGUGAUGGCCUACGCGGUGCAUAAAGUGUUUGCUCCAGUCCGCAUUGCCACCACCCUCACUGCCACACCUUUCAUUGUUCGCUAUUUGAGAAGAAUCGGUUUUCUGAAAGCGCCCAAAGUUAAAUCAAAGCAGUGAGAUCUUUAGGGAAUGGUUAAUGUUGCAACUGAAUGAGCAAUUUGUGACUGGAAGAUCCAUAUUUGUUAUGGGUUACAUUUGUGGUGCUUUACUAAUUUAUGUAGCUCCUGUGGCUGUCAGGAUCUGACUUUUGAUAAUUACUUUACUGAGGGCUAAGUUGAGAAUGUUGAGACCAUAAAUUUGACAAAGAGAAAAUAGGUUUAGGCUUUUAUAAAGUGUGUGGUUGUUAUAAGCUGAUGAAUGUAUAGAAAACUCUGAUUUCAUUGUUGAAGUUGGAAAGAAUAUAUGGUAUGUCAAGGUUUCAUCAUAUCGCGACCUUAGUGCUUUCUUGUCGUAUUUCAAUUUUUUUUAGACAUUGAGAAUGUGACUUCUUCAGUUCACUCUUUGUUAUGAAUUGUUUUCACUGUUUAAAAAAAUGAGAUUUGGUGAGGAAGAAGGAGAAAGUGAUUAAUGUAAGCAAGGGCUUGUGUAUGAGAAUGAGGAGAUGUUGUUCAUCAGUAAAUGUCAGAAUUAACUUUUUGCCAUGACAUUAUUAUUCUAGGAGCCCUACUUGGGGCCUAUCCCUUUGGUGCCAUUUAUAGAACUGUUGAAGUGAAGUUGUCUUGUAGGUAGAAUAUGGUCUGCAGUCUUUGACAAUGUUAAGAAAUGAAUACAUGUAGUACUUUUGGAUCGCUGGUCAGUUUGUAGGUGGUGGAUUUGAGUCCAUUUAUUUUUUAAUAUUUUUGGGGGGGAAAGGGUGCGAGGGGGGAGGGGGCGGGGCAGGGCUACCUGUUCAUGUAACUCAGAUGUUGAUAAAAAUAUUAUUUUGUUUAUUGUAGCUGUGAAUGUGUUCGAUAUUAUAAGUAGAGUCACAUUCUAAUGACAUCCAAUUUUUUUGUUUUGUUUGAGACGGAAAUAUAUGGGAGUGAAGUUGUUACUUUGUACUUUGUUUUGUCUGCCUUUUGUGUCCUCAGUUCACAUGAUAUGCGUUAUUUCAUUGUUUGUUUUUUUCUUGUUUGCAUCAAAAGUAAAAGUCGGUUGGUUUAACCAGAAUAGCAUAAGCAGGUUUCCCCGCGAAAAGUGAGGUUCUUUGCUCCUUCUUUCCUAUCAAACAUUUAUCAUCCUAAUCUUUCCUCUUUUUUUGUUUUUGUUACUCUCUUGUAACACUUCUAAUCUUUGGAACUUAUAUAUGACCUAAUUGUGAGAAAAGUGCUGUAAAACUCUAACUGAAACUAAAAAGUGAAGUUUUCGUGGACUUGGUGAACCUCAGAGCUCUCAGUUUAUUUUUCACUUUGACUGCCCAGCAAAGUAAGAGUGAUUCCAUUUUUCCUGGCUUUUUUUUUCUCCUUUAUUUCCAAUGUUCUGUGGCAUGAACAAGUAAUCUGCGUAGCCGGAAUCCAUUGUUAUACAACUCUGUACUGGGAAGGGAAUGCCCAUGCUCAGCCUGAUAUUGAUACAUGAUGCGCACAGACCACACAUAGACCGAGGCGAGGUGUGCACUGUCAUAAAUGUAAGUGUUAUUUUUCCAAAAGCUCGGUGAAAUAAGCUUCUGUUGAAUAAAUGCAGCAAGAACUUUUUC